AUGACGUGCUUUAUGACAGCAACCGAUAUCACUCCAUCGUGGGCGGCGUCAACAGCCGCACCAGACGAUCCCGACAGGUCCACGGGCACUUCACAGCCCACUAUUGUUCUAAUUACGACGGACAAGAACCCGGCUGUAGUCUUCCCGACGGUCUCUCAAACUCUACCAAACUACGGUGAUGGACCUACAAAGCAGCAGAAUGGACAUACGACCGCCGGGCCGGGCGGCAAGGGUGAUUUUAGAACACCAGAUUACAACCCAAGUUCAACUGCCCAGCCAGUGAACAAUGGCGGGGGAGGAGGCAAGAGCUCUGCCACUACUCCAGCAACAGUACAAGUUCUUCCAACUGGCGUUGUCAUUGACGGCACAACGAUUGCAGAUCGUCCAGAUAUGCGAACACAGAUUGUGACCAUCAAUGGCAACACCUUCACCGUGAAUCCUACUCAGGUUGUUGGGGAUGGGGUGACCAUUGACAGACCCUCCAUGAUCGGUGGUGUGUUCGCCCCAACGCCUACCAGCACCAACAUCGGCGGAAUCGGAGUUUCCGUUGGCUCAUCCAUCGCAGUGGUGGAUGGCACUACUUUCACUCUUGGGCAAGAAUCGACUACAGCAACGAUCAAGGGCCAAACCGUGGUUGUCGGUCCGAGCGGCGUUGUAGUCGCCACGCAGACCGUUUCAGUCACUGCGGUGCCUGCUCCCACCGAGAUCAUUAUCGCUGGCGGCGAGGUAAUCACGGCCAUUGGCAAGUCAGUGGUGGUUAUUGAGGGCACAACGAUUACCUAUGGGCCGGACACCACAAAAAUCACCGUUAUUGAUGAUGACACGAUCACCAUUGGCCCUGGUGCAGUAACAGUUCAUGGCACGACGAUUGGUGGCUCCAGCCUGAACCCUACGGAUACUCAGUACGCGAUUGUAGGCGGUGCCACGAUCACCGAGAUUGGGGUUUCGAUCGUCGUCAUUGACGGAACGACAUUUACGGCCGGUCCAGCGAUCGGCGUCUGGGUUCUCGGGUUUUAA